GGCAGUCCGACCCGCAGUCCUGAACCUGAGCACUGAACAGGGGGACGGAUGGGAGUCAGGUUCCAGUCCGGCACAGAGACGCAGUUUGUUCGGUCGAGCUGAACUCAGGAGAAGAAAACAACUUUCACUUCUCAUCAAAUGAAUGUUUUGAAUGUUUUUUACUCUGACUGAGACAAAGUUUCCCUGCAGCAGAGGAGCGACAUGGAGACCUUCAGCUGUGAGCAGACAGGAACACCUUAGCGAGAACAGGUGAAAACAACAAACGAGGACCCGUCUGCGGUUGGUCGACAGAAGGCUUCUCAACCCUGCGAUGCCAGAAGAAGCUAACAAGGACGCCAUGAGAACGCCAGCGACCCUAGAGAAGACCAACAACAACGAGUCUCCCGUAGCCCCCCGGAACGUGACCAUUGUGAACAUCCCCCUGGUCAAUGAGGUCGAGCUGACCGCGGCCACAGGCGGGGCGGAGCUUUCCUGCUAUCGCUGCACCGUCCCAUUCGGCGUGGUGGUGCUCAUCGCCGGCAUCGUGGUCACCGCCGUGGCGUACAGCUUCAACUCGCACGGGUCCACCAUCUCUUACUUCGGGCUGGUGCUCCUGUCGGCCGGACUGGUGCUACUGGCUUCCAGCGUCGUCUGCUGGAAGAUCAGAAUGGAGCGGAAGAAGGAGCGCCGACGGGAGAGCCAAACAGCUCUGGUGGCAAACCACAGGAGUAUUUUCGCUUGAACUUGAACUUGAACACAUCAGCAGGUUUUCUGUUUUGGAAAAAAAAAGGCCUGAUUUUGUAUUUUUUUUUUAGAUUGAUUUGGAGAACCAGCUGUGGACAGAUGUUGGAUUUUUUUUUUUUUUAAAGCUGCAAAAUCCCAAAGCCUGGAACUCGGAGCUUUGAAGACAUUUUAAGGGGUUUAUUUGUCAAACAGACAUCGAGCAUCUGGCGGGCCGGGAACGCAGCCAGGAGGAAUGUAUCACAAUUAAGAUGAAUAACCACUGAAGCGACAGAGAGGAAGUCUCUCAUUAAUCUGCUGUUGUUUACAGCAGCUUUGAUUGUAAUGGGAGGGAUGGUGGUUUAAGAAUCCAGGACAAUGAUUCAUGCCUUUUUCCUUCGCUUCAACUCAGACGUAGCUCUGUUCAUAAAGUGUAAUCUCACAGGGAAUUAUUAUGACCUGCCUUAACUGGAAAUACGGUACUAAUGUGGCCUGUGUUCAAAACCUGCCGAUGUAUUGUGUCAGAUUGAGGGGACACAGGAUAGUAUACUUCAUCCUACAGCACUUUGAUUCUACAUUAUCAUCCUAAUCAGUCGUUAACGACCUAUAUUCACAAAAUUAAAUAAGUAAUAUAUCAAGGAUUGUACUAUUUUUUGCUAGUUUUGGCAUAUUUUAAACAUCUUAACACUAAUCUUUUUAUCAGGCUAUAACAUUAUGUCCAUACUGUAAAAAAUAUAUUGUAAAAAAAUGUAGUAUUCUUUGUUUUUUUUGUUAUUGCUUGCAUGUAUCAACUGUUACCAGGACGUCAUGAGGUUCAAUAAACUCAUUGAUACACAUGUAA